AUGCCUAUCGACACUGAGACGACCUCUGCUCCGGCGCAGUCCCUAUCAAGUUCUCUGGAAACCCUCACCGCGACGUUCUCAAGUGCGCUCGCAUCCCUCCCGACCUCCCUGCCACACGAAGAUGUUUCAGGGAACAAUGCAUCCAUAUUACCUCCUCUGGAUGGUAUCUCACUUCUCGACACAAAGAACGAAAUAUUCCUCUCCUAUCUUCAAAACCUUAUCUUUGUGAUGCUUCUACAACUGAGGAAGUUGCCCAUGAGGAGAUCAGGGGACGGAAUGAAUGGUGAAGGAAAGGGGAAAGUCACGGAUGCACCUCCAUACAGUAAUGUUGUGAAAAAAUUGACAGAGCUGCGGGUGUUUUUAGAACGUGGUGUGCGACCAUUGGAAGGCCAGUUAAAAUAUCAGGUUGAUAAGGUGCUAAAGGCAGCUGAUGAUGCCGAGCGAAAUCAACGAGACACUGUGUUUAAACAACAACGGCUCCGGAAAGGAACACAAGAACCGGGAGAUGAAGAUAAUAGUGGAAACGGAAGCGAAAGUGAAAGUGGAUUAGGAAGCGACUCUGACAGUUCUGAAGACAGUGAUGAAGACGAAGAUGUUGAUGAAUUGGCGUACCGACCUAACGUAGCUGCAUUCUCACGGGGAACCCGAGAUCAAGAGAAAUCGAAAGUUCCGAGUAGGAGGGAUGCCGGUGAUGGUAUCUAUCGGCCACCCAAGAUAAAACCCACAGCCCUCCCAACUACGACGCCAGAUAGUCGCGAGCAAAAACGAAGCCGUCACACCGCCAAAUCUGCCGUCAUUGACGAAUUCGUAUCGGCUGAGAUGUCCAGUGCACCCGUUGCAGAGCCUAGCAUUGGCACGACGAUCAGGGCUGGAGGAAGGAUGGUGCGGUCCGAAAGGGAGAAGGCGAAGGAACUCGAAAGGCGAGCAUAUGAAGAGGGCAACUUCGUGCGACUGCCCAAGGAGAGUAAGAAGGAACGACAGGCGAAGCGCGGAGAAGGCCGCCCGGCUGGCUACGGUGGCGAGGAUUGGAGAAGCCUGGGUGAAGGGGCAGAUAGAAUCGAACGACUUACGCGUCGUGGUCGAGAUAGUGGCAGAAGCACUGCCCUGGACAAGAGCCGGAAGAGACGGGCUACGGAGGAUGGCCCGAGAGGCGAUGGCAUAAAUAUUGGCGCGAAUUUUGAGAAGCGCCGGCGGAAGAUCGGGAGCUGGAAGCGGUAG